UUCGUCCACAUCCGGUUUGCCCAACAUCUGACUGACAAAUGAAAAUACUGUAGGACUGUUUUUAAACAUUAUUGGGCACAGAAUGGCUGUGGCCAUGAGUUUAACGUGCCCAGGCACAUACUGUGGCAGGAUGAUGGUCAAUGGAUCAGUGGAGGGAGAGUGUGGCGUUUGUCCUCGAGGACAGCGGGCCAACCACCAGAAUGUGUGCCAGCGCUGCACUGAAUCCCCCGAGCUCUACGACUGGCUCUAUCUGGGCUUCAUGGCCAUGUUGCCCUUAGUGCUGCACUGGUUCUUCAUCGAGUGGUACUCUGGAAAGAAGAGUUCCAGCGCUCUGCUGCAGCACAUCACAGCCAUGUUGGAGUGCAGCGUGUCGGCCGUGGUCACCUUGCUGGUCACGGAGCCGGUGGGGGAGUUCAGCAUCCAUUCCUGCCGGGUCCAGAUGCUGUCAGACUGGUACACCAUGCUCUACAACCCCAGCCCGGACUACGUCAACACGUUACACUGCACGCAGGAGGCCGUCUACCCGCUCUACACCAUCGUGUUAAUCUACUACGCCUUCUGCCUGGUGCUGAUGAUGCUGCUGCGUCCUCUGUUGGUGAAGAAGAUAGCGUGCGGUCUGGGCAAGUCGGAUCGCUUCAAGAGCAUCUACGCUGCCCUGUACUUCUUCCCCAUCCUCACGGUGCUGCAGGCGGUGGGCGGAGGACUGCUCUACUAUGCGUUUCCCUACAUCAUACUGGUCCUGUCUCUGGUCACGCUGGCUGUUUACAUGUCUGCCUCGGAGAUCCAGUCCUUUAAGAACCUUGUCACUAAGAAGAAGCGUCUGGUGGUCCUGUUCAGCCAUUGGCUGCUCCACGCGUACGGCAUCAUCUCUAUCUCCCGAUUGGACAAGCUGGAGCAGGACCUGCCGCUGUUGGCCCUCGUGCCCGGUCCCGCCCUCUUCUACAUCGCCACCGCCCGGUUCACUGAGCCCAGUCGCAUCCUGUCGGAGGGCGGCAACGGACACUGACAUUGUUGACCGACCAAUCAAACAUCGAUAAAGUUUUUACAAACGUCUCCGGUGCCAACCUUCAGCUCCUCCCACCGAGAGGUGGGGCUUCAGUGUCGGGGUUAAUGCCAUCAAACUUGCUCAAUGGUCAUAAUGGGAUGACAUAACGAAGUGCAAUAUUUAACAUUGGGGAAACAACUUCAUCAUCUGCUCCAAAUGGUGUGCAAGUAUAUAAGUGGGGCUGCAACUCACGAUUAUUUUCAUCGGCGAUUAAUCUGUCAAUUAUUUUUUCGAUUCAUCUGUUAGUUGUUUGCUCUAUAAAAUGUCAGAGAAUGGUUUAAAACAUGUGGUACAGUGUUUCCCAGAAGCCCAAGAUGACGUCCUCAAAUGUUUCAUUUUGUCCACAACUCAAAAGACAUUAAGUUUACUGUCCCAGAGGAGCGAAGAAACUAGAACACAUUCACAUUUAACAAGCUGGAAUCAGUUUGACUUUUAUUUCUUCGUAAAAAAUGACGAUUAAUCGAUUAUCAAAAUAGCUGGCGAUUAAUAGUUGACAACGAAGUAUAUUAAUAGUUAAAGUUGGACAAUAGGUGAUAAACUACUCCAGGUUUGGUCCAGUCAGGAUUUCUGAACAGGACUGAUGGUCUGGGAUCUGUUCCCAGAUCAGUUCAGUCAGCUGAAGGCCGACUUCAUUAAGUCUUUUAACACUACAUCUUCCCAUUGGAGGAGGACUCCAUGCUAACUGUCUGAGUGCUCGUACAACUCUUCACAUUUCAUUUCAUGCAUGGCUUCAACUAAUGAUUCUAGUAGACCAAUCAGGGUUCAACAGUAAGGGUCCCCGAUGGCCCGGGGCAAGUCAGACGCCACUUUGGGCCAAUAAACAUAACGACCCACUCAUCGUAUCAUAAAUCCUUUGAUUUGAAUCUGCUGUUGGCCAGUCAGGAAUUGAGUUGGCACUUGAUGCUUUUGAUUUAUUUAUUUUUUACACUUUUGAUGCAACGUUUUUUUUGACCUUUUUUUGUUUUUGUCUACA